CUACAUGAUUGGGCUCCAGUCUGAUUGUGUUUGCCCCUGUUGUCUGUGGUGUAGUCUGUGUCCGCGCUGCCGUCUGGCGCCUCGGACGAAUUCUCGACAAUCUCGCCAUCGGUGGCCUUGCUUCUCGCACCAAUCACAGUAGCCAUAAAAGGACCGCUGUGUCGGCACGUCUCCCCUGUUUCUGUCCCACGGUGGGCGUCUCGCCUCUUGUGUAGGUGGAUUGGAUGGGCCAUGUCCCAUUUCCUUGAUGCUCUCGAUGACCUCUGCCUUCAUGGCGUUGACAGAGGCACGCACCGACUCAACACACUCCUCGCCUGACUCUCCUGUUUUGGCUCUGUUGGGUGGCUGCUCAGGUUGCUGGCCGACCGCGCGUAUCUCAUAUCGAGCGGCUUUUGACGGUCGUGUCAUUUCGGCGUCACUCUCUUCCUCUUCAUCCAGUGGGUGCUUGCGCGCGCGCAUCACAAUCACUUCAGCGUCAAAGCCGAUAUCCUUGAUGGCGCUGAAUGAGCGUGGGUCGGUGUUCUUGGGGUAUAUUUCGUCCCUCAGCUGGCGCUGCAAGCCACUGAUGAAUAGGUCGACUGCCUCUGGCUCUGGUUUGCUUGACUUGUCGUAGAGUUCGUAGAACUCAUCGUAUGCUUCCUCGAAUGUCUGCUUGGGCUUUUGCCGCCAUGCUUUCAUGGUCUCUGCGAUCACGAGUGCCUCUGAUGGCUUCUGGCCGAAUUCCUUUUGUAAGUAGCCUAAGAGCAGCUCUAGCUGUACUGCCUCAUUGCUACCCAUCGGUUCACCCUUCUGAGUGCAGUGCCUUGCAGUGCAGCCAUGACGUAUGGCAGUAUUUGACCUCUCUCGAGGUUAUGCACUUGCUCAUUUGCCCUGACCCCCUCAAUGAAUGCAUUGACAGCAAGGUCUGACGUGCCUUUGAAAGCCUGGAGGUUCACGGAUGGCCUCUGUAUGUCAUGUGCUGGCAUGCGGUCACCCUGGCCAAAAAGACGGCUGCUGCCUUCAUGCACAUCAGUGUGUGAGAGGUCGAUUGGGCUACUUGUGCCAUCAUUGGCAUGCGCCAGUGCGCCUUGUUCGUGCGGUGCCUCAUCUCUGGCUGAGACACCAGCUACAUUUGCGUGUGAGGUUUCCUCGGUGGGUCGAAUCACUUCACGUGAUGCUUCACUCAAACGUGUCCUUUGCUUCCUCGGCUUAGCCGCCUUGGUGAUCGGCUUCGCCGCAUGUGCAGGAGAGGACUCCUGCGUAUUCCGACCGCUGCGGGUCUUCGCCAUUGUGUCCAGUCUGUCGUCCAAACACGAUGUCACUCGAUCGCCGUGCUCCAAAAUGCUCCCGGGUCGGCUUGUGGUUGUGCCGAUGGAGCGGUGUCUAGUAGUAGAAUGGGUGAGUUAUGUAACUUUGAACGACGAACACUAUGCCAACCUCCAGAGGGCCCGAGUGGCCACACUGGAGCGUGAAAAAGCUUUACCAAGCAACAUUGAAUCAACA